AUGACUGAAAUCAGUGCUUUGCCCUCCGAAAUCCUCUCUUCGAUUCUGACAAAAUUAGGCUCAGCCUCUUUAGCUUCUUAUGCCAGUGUCUGUAGAAAAUGGCAGGUGCUGAUUGAGAAGCAGACCUUCUCCCAUCUUUUUCUAACUUCUGACCGGUUGGGUGACUUCAAACGGAUUAUCUCUUCUAGUUCACACCGGCGCUGCUUUAUUCGUUAUCUGGAUCUGUACAUUCUGCUUCCUGCCUACGAGAUUGCUGCACGGACCCAGUUGGAAAGCCAAAUAGAUCGCCAGAAAAACAAUGAGGCCUUCACCCAGACCAUAGUCUCUUUCUGGGAUAUUCUGAGUACAUGGUCUGAAGAGGAUGUUGCAGGACUUUCGCUGAAUAUACGUGCCAGAUCUUCUAGCGAUUGUGGUGCCGAACCCGAUGAAAAAAAACGUAUGGCUCGUCGGCGAUGGGGCCGCAAAUUCCCUAAGAAGGACUGGUUGGACUGGAGAUUCUAUCAAUCCUACCUGGAGUUGAUAACAAAUCCGACUAUAUUGCCCGAGCUCAGCUGCGUGACGCAUUUCAUAGUUACAUGCCGUGGUCACCGUAAGAUCGCCCCAGCGACAGUCUCCAAGUUGUUAUCGCGGCUUCCUGGGGCGCAGAUAGUUUAUGCAAGCCUGUCAGACAAUGAACGAAAAGAUCCAACGCUGCGGGAUCAACUCCGGAAUGAAUUUGCCCUCACCGUAUCGAACUGGCCAAGCACUAUUAAACACCUUUGUUUAGAAUAUCCGGGACUUCCUCCAGCAGAUGGACAUUUCCCCCCUUUUAGGCGGUCGGAGCCUUGGGCUGACCCGCUCAGCCUUGCUCUCAACCAUCUGACGCAGCAGCUGGUGACCGUCGAGAUUGACAAGAUUAUGAUCGGCCCUGAAUUCUUCUGGCCGCCGCUGCACCCUUAUUCAGCACCGCCCCGAUGGCCACGGCUCACCUCAUUGAAACUCGUCUACCAAGCGGUGACGCCAUCAGGACAGUGGCUGUUCGAGAAGGACCCCCGCUGUCAACCGUAUAGUUUGUCUCAGUGGGAAGAUGUCUACGAGGGAACAAGGGAGGGCCCCCGAACUCCGGCUCCCCAAGACCGGUACCCCGACGCAUUUCGGAGUAAGCCGGCGGAUCUCCUCAACGACCUUCAUCUAGCAGCCGGCCAAGCGGCCCAGCAUAUGCCUGCUCUUAAGACUAUGUUUCUGCAGGCCAUCCCCCAGCUAUAUCCCCCUGGGAUGGCCCAUCUCCAUUUCGAGGCGGCCACGGAGAGUCAUCCAGCGCCUGCCCACGACACCGGCCAUUGGUUCCGAUACGAUCGAGGUCGCUCCACGGCUACGUGGGUCAGCAGUGGAAAGUUCUCUCUGUUGGCGGACACGGUGAAUACUUGGAGACAAGUCGGUGCGUUACAUGGGCAUGCGGAUUUCAAUCUCGAGGUAGGUUUUAUUCCCCUCGACUGA